GGGGCAGGGAGGAGCAACCUACCGGGUGGGCGCCUUCGCUGCCCUAAGUGGCAGCGUCCAGCCAGGGUGCAUCCGCCUGGCAGGCACUGUGAGCUCCCCCGGAGAGCUCGUGCAGGUGUGCUAGUGCAGGAGUGUGGGAAAGUGCGGAGGUGGGGUCCCCUUUAGCUUGCCUUCAGAACUUUUUUGAGUCACGGGCAGAGGCUAAAAAGGGCAGUCCCAGCGUCUGGACACCAGGAGGCUUCUAUGACUUUCUGGCUUCCUUUCCUUCUCAUCCAGACCCCUACCUGGCUUACCAGAGUCCCAGAGAAGGAGGGGUCGGCAUGGAAAGCUUUGGUUUUGCCCGAAUUUGUAAGAAAUGGAUCGAGAGACUGAGACUGGAGAACUACAAAAGGCCAGUGUCUAUGUGAUGGAAGAAUCAGUGGUGAAUGGAAUAGACAAAACUCCUGACUUCAUGGAAAUGAUUGUAAAUGACAGAGAAGGCCAAGGACAGAGCCUUGAUGAUACAACAUUUCAAACUCAGGGAGAGGCUCAAGAUUCAGAAAAGGAGACUGAGAAGGAACAACCAAUAAGUGAUCCUAGUAUGGCUGAGUCACUAACUGAUGUUCCUAGCUGUACAGAAAUUGUGGAGACCAGUGAUGAGGGAAAAAAGAAAUCCAAAUUUAAAGCCUUCAGGAGCUUUUUUGGCAAGAAAAAGAAAAAAGACCCUGAUGACCUACAGGGAGGGAGACUCUUAAAGCCAUGUUUGUCCAACAGCAAUAUUAACACCUCUUCUCUGAAGCAAGUUGAUGGUGACCAACCUGGUGAACCUAGGAUCAAGAGCAACAUGGGGAACAAAGCCCUAUCCCAUGAUAGCAUCUUUAUGUUGGAUCCUGAGAUUGAAAGAUCAACAGGCAAAAUGCACCCCUCUUUGGAAUCCCAGAGAGGCAGAUCUCUGCAGAGAAGUCAUGUUUCCAGAACUCUGCCUAGAAUUGGGACUAGUAAUGUACAUGGAGCUUUAUCUGGAGCUAUGUUUGGAGUUGUCCCUCGAUAUGUACCCAGAAGUGGAGUCUGGGUUGCAGGUUCCAAGAUCACUGAGAUCCCACCACUGCGCCCGCGCCAGCCCAGCAUCAGCCCACCUCUUAUCCGUUCUGGCACAAUUUCUAAGGACUUGGAAGAAAUGUCUGGUGAUGAUGAGCUACCUAUGAACCCACAAAUGAAGGCUUCAUCACACAAGAUCUUGGCAGCAAAGAAGAACUACUCUGAAGCAACAACUGGAACCGGUCUCUCACAGUCCUCAACUGCAUGUGCUUCUUCCAAUGUUACCCAGCAGCCUGUUGGCUUUAGCAUCCCAGCCACCACCCAGGGCUGCCUGGAUUCUUCAGCUGCUCGACACAAAAUGGCUUUAAAUCCCAGGAAACAAAAAAAGAAGAAGAGCCUUCAAGCGAGUAUGAAACCAAAGCAGGACGAGACAAGCCUUUCACUGAUUUCUGAAGGAGAAAAGAGUACAAAUAACCCAAAAGAAAUUGAUCAAAAGAAGCUGAAUAAAGAUGGUACAGGUACCUUGAACCAGGACCCGAGCAACAAAACUGAGAUUUAUGAUCAGAAGAUAGCUGAACAGGCUUCAAACACAGAUCCUACUGGGAGCAUGGGCUACCCAAUGUUGGCAGCAUAUGGAAGAAGACGUAGAAGGAAAGGUUCAAGUAUUUCGGGAACAAAUGAGUAUGGGCGCAGAGGAAGAUGCCUUCUACCAUCUUGUCAACUGCAUAUCCUGGGUGAUAGAUAUGAUUAUUCACAUUUGGAGAAGACUGCUAGUGAUUGCCCUUUCCGGCACUUAACCUUCGAGAAGCAAACCAUGGAGCAGUUCACAACUCCACAGGCAGAAAGUACUACUUCUCAGGAGUUGCUUUCAGAUAAAGGUGACUUGGUAAAGAAGAACGUUGGCCUAGAAGUUAAAGCCAAAAAAGCAUCAGCACCACAACCCAUACCUAAAGACAUGGUAGAAUCCAUGGUGAGUGGUCCACCACUCUACCAUGAAAAUGGGGCCUGUGGAGCCAAGAAGCAAGAUGGCAGAGCUUCUCUUUUACCAAUGGUAGGAAGACUUUCUAAAGCCCAAGAAGAGGACAUUCUUUCAGUGGCAGUAGAGGCUCAGGUGCUUAGGGAUCCUUCACAUGUCCAGUCAGGGGAAGAAGAAGCUUCCAGCCAUGGUUUGCAAAAUUCCCAGUCCAAAAUGGAGUUAGCCCAGGGUGUUCCAACUAUCUGCAAAGAAAAGUCUCCUGGAAAUGUUCUCCAGGGCUUUACAGUCAUUAUUCCAGGUGUGGCAAGUACAGUAGCAGAGGGAAGCCUUUCUACAGAGAGGCUAUCUCCCAGAAGCCUUUCCCAGUCUUUGGAGAAGCCUGAAGAUGAAGAAGUGUCCUCAGAUUCAAAUAGUGCUUCAGAGGAGGGGAGUGUUCAGGAUCAGCGGGCUCCUGAACAUUCCUUCCAGUCCCCACAGAAGCUUGAAGGUGGACAAGAAGGCUUCCCAGAAUCUGAAAGUUUUGUUGAAAUGAGCGGUUUGGAACAGAAUCAGGGUCCUGAAUAUUCUCACAAGUUCUUGGGAAAGCCUCAACCUGAAGAUGCCUCCUCAGAAUCAGAUAGUAUUCUUGAGGAGGGGAGAGGUCCUGAGGAAAUGGCCGCCAUUCGCUUCUCCCGAUCCUUGCGGAAGCUUGAAGCAGUCUUCUCAGAAUCAAAAAGAUUCGCUGCCGCCUCCAGGUCUCAGGAGAAGCUGGUUUUACAGGAACCUGAAGAUACAGAAUUCUCCACAGAAUCAAAUAGUUAUGCCGAAAAAUGCAACAGUGCUGAUGAUUGGAGCAGCUUGGAGGAAGAUGUAUCUCUCAGAAACUCUGACCAGGCCUUGGGGAAGCCUCAAGACCAAAGAGAAGUGUCCUCAGUUUCAAAGAACACUCCUAAAGAGUGGAGAGUUUCGGUCAAACAGAUGCCCCCCAGGCACCCUCCUCAGAUAGUUCAGCAACAAGUGUUCUCAAGUUCAGUGAGCCUUUCUGCAGGAUAUAGCAGUUCUUUGGAGCCAGUAUCUCCCAGCUGUCCUUUCCAGCCAUGGGUGAGCCCUAAAUUUGGGCCAAAAGGUCCCACAGGUCCAGAGAACAGUGCAGUUGAGUGGGGCAUUUUUAUGGAUCCACUGCCUCCCAGAAUGGCUUCUAAGCGACUAAAGAGGUCUCUAGUUGAGCAAAAACUCUCCUUACAUUCAGAUAUUACAACUAGGGAAGAAGUUAUUUCUAUGGAGGUGCUGCCCAGGUGUUCUUCCCAACCCUCAGUGAGACCAAAAGUUGAGAAACAAUUAUCUUUGGGUGCAGACAAUGCUGCAGUUGUGGGAGAGGUUUCUAUGGAGACACUGCCUCCAAAACUUCAUUCUCAGUCCAUGAGGAGACCCCUAAUCCAACAACAGGUCUCUGCAAGUCCGAGGAGUACUGCUGUGGAGGGGAGCAUUUCUGUGGAUCUAAGGCCUCCCACUCACCCUUUCCAGACAUGGCUGAACCCUCCAGUGGGGCAGCAAACUUCCUCAUUUCCAGAGAGUAAAGCUGUUGAAGGGCCUACUAUACUUCUUUCCAAGCCCUUGAUAAACCCUAAAGUUCAACAAAACAUGUUCUCGGGUUCAGAAGGUAUUACUUCUGUGGAACCACUGUACCCCAAGUAUUCUCCCCAGUCCAUAACAAAUCCUCAAGUCCAGCCAAUAUUCUCAGAAGACACUGCUGUUGAAAAGGGCAUAUUCAUGGACCUGCCCCCUGGAAAACAUUUGAUGAGGCCUCAUUUCCACCCACAGAUGACUGUAGACUCAGUGAACAUUUCUUCACAAUGGGCCAAUCCUGAGGAGCCAGUGUCUGCCAGACGCCCCUUCCAACCAUGGAUGAACCCUACAUUUCAGGAAAAUGUCUCUGCAGGUGCAGAGAACCCUCAGGUUGAAGGGAACGUUUCUACAGAGUCAGUGUCUCCCAGACACCCUUUGCAGUCUUGGCUGUUCUCUGCAUUUAAGCCAGCCUCUGCAAAUUCAGAGAGCUCUGGUACCCAGUGGGGCAUCCCUAAAGUUCCACCAAUUCCCAAAAUAUCUCCUCAGCCCCCGAUGAGACCAGUAAUGAAGCAACCAGUCUCUAUGGGUUCAGCAAGUGCUUCUGCACAAUGGAGUGGUUCUCUGGAGCCAAUGCCAAGAAACCCUUUCCAGUCAUGGGUGAGCUCUAAACUUGAGCAACAAACCUCUGCAGGUCCAGAGAGCUCUGCAGCUGAAGGGAGCAGUUCAAUGGAAUUGAGACCUCCUGGACAUCACUUACAAUCCCAGAAGAGACCAGCAGUCAAACAAGAAAUCUCCUCAGGUUCAGUGAGCACUUCUAUAGAACGGAGCUGUCCAAUACCUCCCAGAUAUACUUACCCGCCAUGGGGGAACCCUCAAAUUGAGCAACAAGCCUCUACAAGUCCAGAAAGUGUUACCAUUGAGGGAGGCAGUACUAGAGACAUGCUGCUUUCCAACCCUCAUUCCCGUUCUGUUAUGAAGCACAUAGCCCAGAAAGGGUCCCCAAGUUUUGAGAGUGCUACUGUUGAGGAAGGUAAUUCUGGGAGGGCAUUGCCUCCUGAGUAUCCGACCCAGUUCUCAGUGAGGUCUAAAGUUCAGGAAAUGUCCUCACGUCUAGAGAAUCCUGCUGGUGAAGAAGAUUUUUCUAAGAAACCACUGCUUCCCAGUCCUUCCCAGUCAUUUGUGAAGUUUAUGGCACAGCAGAUCUUCUCAGAGAGUGCUUCUAUUCACGGGGGCAUGUAUGCAGAUCCUCUCUCGCUAAGUCAUCCUUUCAAAUCUUUGCUGAGGCCUAAAAUGGAACACCACGUUUUCUCAGAUUGGGAGAAUGCUGACUCUGAGGGAGGCACUUCUUUGAAGAAGCUGCCUAUGAAGCACCCUUUACAGUCAGUGGGGAGGCCUGAAGGCCCACAAGAUGGUCUCUCAUAUUCAGAGAAUGUCCCUAGCAAGUGGAGCAGUUCUAAAGGGCAGGUACCUACCAGACAGUUUUCCCAGGUCCUGGGGAAGUUUGAGUACCAGCAGGAAAUCUCCUCAGUUUCUGAUGACUCCCCAGAAGAGUGGAGGAUCUCUGAAGAGCAUAUGCCUUCCAGACAUCCUUCCCAAACUUUGGAUGGAUCUGAGCAGCCAUCAAUUUUAUCACCAGGCUCAGGGAAUGUUCCUGUAGAUUGGAGGAGUCCUGCAGAGGCCUCCUUUCCUGUUAAUCCUUUCCAGACAUAUGGAAAUCCUGGAUACCAGCAACAGACCCACUCAAGUUCCACAAAUGUUGCUGGUGAGGGAACCAUUUUUGGGAACAAUCCAGGCAAUUGGUCCUUAUCAAAAUGCCCUGUUUCUCCAAAGAAAACCAAGAAAUUCAGCCAAGUUUCAGAAGACUUCAUUAAGAGCAUCCCAGUCUCUGCUAACAAACCUGGGAAGUUCAACAUUACUCUUCCUGGGAAAACACCCAUUUCUGGGAGUGCUUACAUUAAGGAGGAAAUUCUUCAGAGUGGUACUGGACAUAAUGAUGGCCAUACCAGCAUACCCAGCAGUGAAGCUGAGGUGGAAAACCUUUUUGGAGUCCGACUGAGAAGAAUCCCUUCUCCACAGAAAUUUAAGAAUGAGAAACGAGAUAAUUUGGCACAAUUUUCUUCAGUGCCCUUGGGCCCAAUUGCACACUCUGUGGGCAAGGAACAGCGCAUGAGAAGAAGCAAUCCCCAAGUGUUCCUGAGUACCCCAGAAGACCUCAGUGAUAUAGCUAACUUUGCGGAGAAGCAACAGAACAGGAAUAAAUUGGAAAGCAUGCUCAAGAGGUCACCAGUUUACAUACCCCCAGGAAAGCCUUCUUGUCACCAGUCAGACUGUGCCAUUGCAGAGGCAGUUUGGAUAACCAUGACAAAGCAGAGACAGAGAGGCUCCCAGGCCUAUGUUCCUAAAAAAGAGCUAAAACCCACAAGUAGAACUGGAGCCAAGGAUGAGACCAAGGAUCCUAAAUAUGGGGGAGCUGGCUCUGCAAAUGAAAGCCAAGUAAAAAAGAUUUUGACUUCUACUGUCCAUAUACAGGAGAAGAUGCCACCAACGAAGCCACCUAAGCCUGCCAAAUCAGUUGCUUUUGAAGAUCAGAAGACACUUCGCAUGUCUGCGAUAGAUAAAGAAACUAAACGAUCUUCAAGUCUUCCAGCUGGGCCCGAACAGCCACUGGAGCCUGUUGUGCCUGUGGAGCCAGAUGAGCCUGUUUGGUUCUCUAUGGCCAAGAAGAAAGCCAAAGCAUGGAGCCACAUAGCAGAGAUCAUGCAAUAAAUAGCUCCUGGGUGGAGCAUCAGCAUUUUAAAUGAUAAUUGCCAAAUAGCUGUAGUAAUUCUGUGUAGUGAUUUCUUUACUAUGACAAUUUUUUAUUAAGCAAAAGAGCCUUAGAAAUGGGAAUUAAAACUUUUAACUCUUUGAAUGAAAUAAAUGCCAUUAAUGCCUAACUUUCAGUACAGUCACUGCCAGCAUCUAGAAACCCAGCAUUUCCUCUAUAAAACUAUGGAAAAAUCUUUGCACUGCUGUAGAAUUGUGAAAUAUUUAACUUUGGAGAAUAUGCCUUCAAAGGAAGAAAAUAUAAACACUUUGUUAGAGCAAUUAAAAGAUGGUUGUUUUCCUCAACCAAAUAAAGUAAUCCUAAUGGAAAUAAAUAUUGAGAUGAUUUGGCCCAGGGAUUGGUUUUUAGGUUUUAUGAGCCUACAUAAAUGCUGAAUUACUUGGUUGGUGGAAGUGAAAAUUUUGCAUCUCCAAGAAAAAUUUUGCAAAGGCCAGUCUUCUAAUCAACCCAUUACCCCUUGAAACACCUUCUACAUGACCCUGGGGGCCUCCAGUGCUUUCAACUUGGGUGACAGUAACACAGAGCACAGGCCCCAUCUCAAUAUGUGGCAGCCCUGGCAGAUGUGUACCCAUCUCUAUGAGCACAAUGCUUCUUGGAAGUUAUCCUACUUCUCUAGAUGGUUAGUUCAUCGGUUUUUGGCUUCUGGGACCUUCUCCAGUUGCCCAGAAAUGUCAAUGUUCCUCCUAUUAUAAUAUCCUAGUGCUUAAGCACCAAGUCCUUGUCAAAAUUCAAUGUUCUACAGAUGCCAAAAGCUGCUGUUUCCGUGGUGAGCUCACCACCUCACUACCUUGAUGCAUGUCUGUGGCCACUAGAGGGCUCCUGUCUCCUCUGACUCCAGUCUUAUAAUGGAGAACUCCAUGUAGCCUUAAUCCCUUCCCCUUAGCAGUCUGCUUCAUGAGGAUUUAGCCCAAAGCAACACUGCUAUGACAAAGCCACAGAGAAAUGAACUUUCUGCUUCUAGGAAACCACAAAUGAUGAAACCAGCCUCUCCCCACCCUCCAUUCCUAGAGACAGGCACCUCCCAAGUUACUAUGUCAGAAAGCCCCAACCUCCCCAGUGACCUGCAAGAGAAAAUGCAAAAAGACAAGAGUGGGAGAGGAAGAAGCAGGAGGAGAGGGUUGGUCACAGUGAGGGGAGGGGGAAAUAGCCUAGUACAUUUCACUACUCCCUUCCCAUCCUGGUGGCAUGGUCUUCACUAAACUCCCAGGCUCAGGAGUAAAGAUGUGGGCACCUUGACCCCCAAUUGGCUUCUCAAUUGGCUCACUUUCCAAGGUGCAGGCCACCCUAGAGCCUCAUCCAGGUGAACCAGAAGUCACUUAAGUCUUUUCCAUGUCCUUUCCCUUUGUUUCACCCCCAAGCCUAUCAAACAUUUGGUGGGGUACUCCCUUAGAUACCUGUGAAGUAAACAUAACUCAUUUUCCUAGAGACUCAGAAACAACUUCUCAGGAUAGCAAUCACCAUACCAUCCUCUGUCACCGGGGCUACUUUGCUUGAACAGAAAUAUAGGCCUAGAAAUUUAACUGUGCCUUUACAUUCUGAGUGGGGUGCUUCUUCGUGCAAAACUGUCCAGAGAGGCAAUGAGAUGCCAGAGCUAAUUUAGAUACUUGGUGCUGGUUUUUGCUGAUGGUGGUAUAAUGUGACACUGUGCAAAUACAUGCUAGAUUUUGCAUUUUCUCUAUAAAAUAUCUUUUUUUUUCCUGAUAUUGUAGUUUAGCCUUUUUGGCUAUACUAGAUUUUCAGUUGACUUGAUUUAUUCCCUUUGUAUCCCCAUAGUGAACACUUUAUUAAAGUAGAAGCCCUUUUUCCAGCUAAUCUUGGAAGAGUAGCUGUUAUAUCUUCCUUCCCACUUUUCUGAGAGUGGACUUCUAUUAGGUUACUCUCACUCUGAGAACUUUCCAUUAACAAUUUCUUUUCCACUGUUAACAAAGCUCUGUUUUAAAAUGAAGAGUUUAAGAAUUACUAAUGCCCAAAGCACAUUUUGGCAAGAUUUCAGCUUCUUUUAGCUUUCCUGAUUUUUGAUAUGUGCAAACCAAAUAAAUUCAACAAAACCUA